CAAGGACUUCUGCCCCUAAUCCUCCCCCAUACCUGGAGUCUGCUUGGCACCCGGGGAUCGCUCAGUACACAGCCCUGCCGGCUGGGUUACGGCAGGAACGGCCUCCACACCGAGCCACCCCCUCGCCCCAGUGGGGCAGAACACGGAAUCACCUGCCUAAAUUCAAAGGGCCGGUCGGGGUCCAGAACCCCGGGAGGGGUCAGUCCAGCGGGGCCGGGCCAUGGCCCAGCCGGCGUGCCGGUGUCCAUCCGCUGUGGUCCGCGGGACGCUGCCCAUCCUCACCUGGCUUCCCCACUACAACCCACGCUGGUUGCAACUGGACUUCAUCGCCGGACUGACGGUGGGGCUGACCGUGGUGCCCCAGGCGCUGGCUUACGCCGAGGUGGCUGGUCUCCCUGUCCAGUACGGCCUCUACUCCUCCUUCACGGGCUGCUUCGUGUACUGCUUCCUGGGCACCUCCCGUGACGUGACCCUGGGCCCCACGGCCAUCAUGUCGCUCCUGGUCUCCUUCUACACCUUCCGCCAGCCCGCCUACGCCGUGCUGCUCUCCUUCCUGUCCGGAGCCAUCCAGCUGGCCAUGGGGAUGCUCCAUCUGGGCUUCCUGCUGGACUUCAUUUCCAGCCCCGUCAUUAAAGGGUUCACCUCGGCGGCUUCGGUCACGAUUGGCUUCAGUCAGGUCAAGAAUCUCCUGGGCCUGCGAGACGUCCCGCAGCAGUUCUUCCUGCAGGUCUACCACACCUUCCGCCGCGUCGGGGAAACCAGGGUGGGCGACGCCGUCCUGGGGCUGGUGUGCUUGGGGGUGCUGCUGGCGCUGAAGGAGAUGAGAAGACGGGUGCCCGCCCUUCACCCGGGGGUGCCCUGCUACGUCGGGGGCAGCCGCCUGCUAGUCUGGGCCACUUCUACAGCACGCAACGCUCUGGUGGUGUCGUUUGCUGGCUUGACCGCUUACUCCUUCCAGGCGAUGGGAUCGCAGCCGUUCACCCUGACCGGAAGGACGGCGGAGGGACUCCCUCCCUUCCGGCCCCCUCCCUUCUCUGUGGCCACGGGCAAUGGGACCGUUCCCUUCGCUGGAAUGGUGCAGGACAUGGGCAGCGGCCUGGCGGUGGUCCCCCUGAUGGGCCUGUUGGAGAGCAUCGCCAUCGCCAAAGCCUUCGCUUCUCAGAAUGGCUACCGCAUCGACGCCAACCAGGAGCUGCUGGCCAUCGGUGUCACCAACCUGUUGGGCUCCUUCGUCUCCUCUUACCCCGUGACUGGCAGCUUCGGCCGGACGGCUGUGAACGCCCAGACGGGAGUGUGUACCCCAGCUGGGGGGCUGGUCACAGGGGCUGUGGUGCUGCUUUCUCUGGCGUACUUGACUCCACUAUUCUACUACAUCCCUAAGGCCGCACUGGCAGCCGUCAUCAUCGCGGCGGUGGCCCCCCUGUUCGACGUCGGGAUCUUCAGGACCCUGUGGCGGGUUAAGAGGCUGGACCUGGUGCCGCUCUGUGCCACCUUCCUGCUGUGCUUCUGGGAAGUGCAGUAUGGCAUCAUCGCGGGCGUCCUGGCGUCAGGGCUGCUCCUGCUCCAUGCCGUGGCCAGGCCCCGGAUCCAGGUGACGGAGGGGGAUGUGGUGGUCCUGAGACCGGCCAGCGGUUUGCACUUCCCGGCCACGGAGGCCCUCCGGGAGGCCGUGUACAGCCGUGCUCUCACAGUAAACCCGCCGCGCUGUGCCAUAUUGGACUGCACCCACAUCAGCAGCCUCGACUCCACCGUGGUGGCCGGGCUGGAGGAGUUGUUGGAGGAGUUUCAUCACCGUGGGGUGUCCCUAGCCUUUUCUGGUUUGCAGGCUCCCAUCCUCUGGAUCCUGUUGACUGCCGAGCUGAGGGGUUUCCAGCAUUUCUCCACCGUCGAGGAAGCAGAGAAAUACCUCAGGGAGGAGCCAGGCACCGAGUCCUACCACGCCAACGAGAGCCCCUCGCCGAAAUCCACGAUCGACCAAUGAACCCCCUCACCCGAUGCCCUGCCCGGCCCCGAGGACGAGAGUUUCCCAGGCUCACCGGAGAGGGAAGGCCACCCCUCAGGC